AUGGCGCAAGAUUCUGCCUUCGGGACGUACACGGAGGUCAAGCCAUACUCCCCCGGCCCGCGUGAUGCACCCGAAUCGUCCGAAUUCCGGGCCCACCCGGCAUUGCCCACGAGCCUGGUCAUCCCGACGACCCGACCGGACAUUCUACUCCAAUUCUUCAACAAUUGGCUCCAAGGCGAUCGUAACGGCACCCCUGCUGGAGCCGCCUUCCUGCUGCCAAACGAGAGCGGGUACGCGGCGCACUCUAAUUUUGUGGCCGAUCGAUUAGCCGGACCCAGCGUUGUCUUUGCGCCGCAAAGCUUCCUUCUCCCUACGGUUCCGAUCACGCCAUCAUCCUCCAGCCCGGGCAAUUACCACCUUCCCCAGGCGUCGUCCGAUGAUGGUGAGACUCCCCGCAUCCGCGGCGGUGACUCCCUAGUGCAUGCGCUUGAGAGCGCCAUUGGCGCGGUCUGCUUCCCGACCCGUACGGGUCCGGCGCGGCUGCAGCUGCAGGAUGUGGAGCAGGAAUUAGACCGGCGUCUGUCCCUGCCUUGGCUUCUGCCCCCGGACCGUCCGCCGCGACAGCGGCGUGUGUGUGUCGUAUUGGACCCGAUCAGCCCCCAUGUUACCCGAACUCGGUGGGAAGGGACCGCAGCCGUGGGCGUCAAAGUCGUCAUUCUCAGUUCUGGCUCAUGGUGGACAACCGAUGUUGACAAGCAAGGGGAAGGCGAAGGAGAAGGGUCUUAUCCCGACCUGGACCACCUUCGUGAAGGUUUUGUGUCUAUUGAUCUGACGCCGGACGACGGCCUCACCCAACGAAUCGUGGACGCGGUACGAGCGUAUCCCCUUCCGAUCGACGGCCUCUUUACCCCUACCGACGCAUAUCUCGUCAGUGUCGCCCGCGCCGCAGGAAUCCUCGGCCUCUUAACCAACGGUCCCAAUCCCUUCGGUUUUGCAACCGACAAGGCCCUCACGCGCCAGCUUGUCGAUCCGGACUCAACCGAAUCCUUCGCCGUCGAGUCACUCGUCGAGCUAGACGCACGACUGUCGUCCCAGGACACUACUGGCAUCCGCUUCCCCGUGAUUUCCAAGCCAGCGUUCGGCCGUGGCAGUCAGGGUGUGUUCUUAGCGCGUGACCCUACUGAGCUGCGGCGGGCAGUUGCCGACAGCCUCAAGGCUUGCCUUGACCACGGCACCCGCGUGCUAAUCGAGUCGUAUGUGGACGGGCCCGAGGUGGAUGUCAACUUGAUCCUCCGCGACGGGCGGCUGUUGUACGGGGAGGUGGUGGAUGACUUUCCGAGUCCGGCCGAGUUAUCUGAAGGGGGCCUGUUAUCUGCUGGCGACAGUGCUAGUGACGGUGAUAAAGAGGGGGAAGUGGGAAAAGGGAAACAUCACGACGAUGGAGGAAAGCCAGAAAGCAAUGCCGGCCUGUUUGUCGAGACCCAGACGGUAUUUCCGUCGAAGCUGCCUCAGGAUGAACAGAACAUGCUAGUUGAAAGCAUGCUGGAUGUCGUUCGCCUCCAGGGCUUCCACACCGGCGUCUUCCACUGCGAGGCUCGGGUCCGCAACUCUAGGAUGAAAUACGUCCUCCAACCGGGACAGAGCAUUCCCGACCUACAACUCCACGAGGACCAUCAUCCGAAUGAACAGACACCAACCCCCACCAUGUUCCUCCACGAAGUCAACGCGCGGCCGCCGGGCUUCAUGAGCUCAGCGGCUAGUCUCGUGGCGCAGGGCAUUGACUUCUGGGUCCUCCAAGUGCUCUGCGCGGUCGGCGACUGGGAACGGUACGAAGCACUCGCUCAGCCGUUCCUCGUCAACCAACAAGACGACAACAACACAUCCACGGACGCCGGACAGCAACAUCAGCACGUCCUAGUCACCAACACUGCCCUACAAGUCCACUGGCCUCUAAUCCACCGCGUCUUACCCACCGUCGCCCGCGACGAUCUCCACUUCCACUUUGUCGACCGCCAAGACGAGUUGAUCCCAGUGCUCGCCGAGCGCCACCCGAACAUCGCACGGCACAUUGCCAGGUACAACACCGUCGUCGUCUCGCGGAGCACGUACGGCAGUGAAGAACCGGACGCUUGGUUAUGGGGUACCACGGCGGUGUUAUGCGUGGAUGCGCGGCGCGGCCGGGCCGAUCUGUUAGAUCUGGCGGUCCGGUUUGCGGGCGCGUAUGACCCGAUCGUUGAAGAGGCGGAUCAAGCUGCUUCUUCUUCGGCUUCUUCGGCUGUCUCGGCAGGAGCCGCAGUGGUGGAGCGGCUAGAGCGCGCUAAACGAGUGUAG